UGAAUAAAUGUAAAUAUUGCCACAAUCACAAAUGGCGUCGGGCAUCAUAAUUUAAUAACGUUGUGGUAUAUGGAGUCAGGUAUCUAGCUAUUAUAUAUAUCUGUGGGAACAGAAUAAUCUAAGACCGUGCGUACAACUUGUGACCGGUGGCCCACCCUCCCCCUGCCCGGAGUGUCCAGUCCUAUGUAGUAGUUCGUGGUCACAAUGUUCACGCCUUGGUAGAUUUGUUUACUGUUAUCUUAUAUAUCUAAUACCUAUGGGAUCUAUUAUAUUUUGAUUAGAUACUAAGUUGGUAUCGUCCUGAUUCGGAACAUCCCCGAAGAACGAAUUGAAUUCACAAUUCACACGACACGACACGACACGGGUAGUUGUGAACACGAUUAAAGAUAUAAUUAUAUCUUUAAUCGUGGUUGUGAACCCGCCUUUACUCAACCUAAUCACUGAUAAGACACAGUUAUCAUAUUUUAAAUUAUUUUUAUUUUUGUUAUAUUUUGGCGCCAAGCAAAUGAGUUUAAAACGUAAAGUCUGUUUUUACAGUUACAUUUUUCUUGUAUUCUGUGCUCUAUGAUAUAAAACAAUGCCGAGUUGUUUUUUGUGUAAGCGUUCAUGGUCUGCGAAAAAAACAGACGUUAGCUUUCAUCGACUACCAGCAGAUGAACCACGUAAAAGACAGUGGAUACAAUUUUUUGAAGAUUGUGGUGCUGAUACCACCAAAAUUAAGCCUCUAACCUCCAUAUGCUCUGAACAUUUCGAUUCGGACUGUUUCAAGAAUUAUGUUAGAAGUAAACUUUUAAAAGAAGAUGCCAUACCUUCUAUCGUGGUAAAACGUUUAAAAUAUGCUAAAACUACUGUUCCUGAGGUGAAAGUGUCUAUUUCUGAUACAUCAACAUCAACUUGUCUAGAAGGUGUUGAAUUGGAAGGUUUUGGAAAACUUCCUGACCUACCUUGUGAUGUACAGAGUUCACCAUUAAAUAGUUUUAGUCUAAAAAGACCAUCUGAAAAAUCACAGUCGUUAGAUGUUAUGAUUCAAGCAUCAGUUUCAGAAAGUUAUGAUACGCCAAGAAGAACUUUUCUGAAACGUUCUGUGUCAUCACUAGUUGAUAUGUGUAAUGCUAAGGAUAAGAAAAUGAAAGUACUAAAACAGCGUUUAAGGAGACAAAAAAAAACAAUUGUUUCUUUAAAAAAUGUUAUCAAUACAUUAAAGGCCAAGUUAUUGAUUGACCAAGAGCAGGCACAUUUAUUAGAUUCACAUUUUGGUAAGCAUAAAGACCUGAUCAGAAAUUUUGUCAAUAAAAAUGCAGGAAAGAAAUUUCCAAAACGCUACAGCAUGCAGCUAUGUAAAUUUGCUGUCACUCAAGGCGUACACAUUUGUUCGUAGAGAAUUUAAUUCCGUCCUUCCAAGUCCUCGCACGCUAAGUAAGUGGUAUAUUAAUGUAGAUGCUGAACCUGGCUUUACGAAAGAAGCACUGAUCACCUUAACGCUAGCUUGCAAAAAUUGUCCAUAUCCAAUAUAUUGCGCUUUGAGUAUGGAUGAAAUAGCUAUUCGCAAAUGUCUUGAGUUUGAUGGUCACAAGUACCAUGGAUUUGUGGACUAUGGGUUUGAAAUUGAUAGUGAUGCUAAGAGUGAAACAACUGAAUGCUUUGUAUUCAUGGUAACGGCCAUAAAUGCUUCAUGGAAACUGCCAGUUGGGUAUUUCUUCUGUAACCAUUUAAAUAGUGAACAGAAAAAAAACUUAGUGCGUCGCUGCUUAAAUGUUUUAACCGACACCGGGAUUUCUGUAGUAAGUCUUAACAUUUGAU